AUGGCUACUCGACCAACGCAGGCGGAGCCUUUCCCAUCAUACAGAUCAGAAGUUGAAGAUGUUCCAUACGAGAGACCUCGAGAUGAAUCCAGCAAUAACAGCAGUCGGAGAGCUUCCAUCACCUCCCGUCUGUCCAAAUCUACCACUCGAACGCGAGCACGGACGUCGUCCCUGAUCCAGUCUUUUGUCGAAAGCAAUCCACCCUUGGGCAUGUGGCAGGCGACUGGCGAAGUUGGUUCCAAGAUUCCCACUCUGCCAGAAAUCAGAAACGGGGCAUUCGCCGAUGAAGGAUGGACACAUGAGGGACAGAUGGAACAUCGAGGAGCGAACCCGCAUGAAAUCCACCGACGCAGAGUAGCACGGACAAGCUCUACAAGCACUAGGACAAGGAAAGGUUCUCUUUCCGUAGGGACUGGUGCCACCCCGACCAUCGCGGAGGAAAGACAUGAGUAUUUCCCCCAAAGGGCCUCGAUAUCGGUGCAGGAGCCCUUGUUCGAGGAGGAGGCGUAUACGCAGUCUCGCGAUCAAACGGACGAAAUCCAGCAAGUACACGGUAUCCCCGAAAAGGUCGCAGACACAUCCACGGCCUCAACACAACGCGAGCCUUCUGGACCGCAAACCGUACCGGUCCAAAUUGGACCUGAUGAAACGGGUACAUAUCCAAACGGAUACCGCUUUCCCAAAAAGCACACCUGGACGCAAUCCACCAUGAUUGGAUUACGGGCGUUCUGGAAAUUCUUCCUCACGCCGUUUGGCUUUCUCGUGACCAUCUACGGGUUGAACGUUGUGGGCUGGGGCGCCAUGAUCUUUUUCGUUCUUCUCAAAGCCGCCCCGGCCAUGUGUCAUCCAAACUGUGAGGACGACAGCAGUGCACGCCAGAAAUGGAUCGAGAUCGACUCGCAGAUCCUCAACGGCUUAUUCUGCGUGACGGCGUUCGGCCUUUUGCCCUGGCGAGCGCGUGAUUUCUUCUACCUCAUGUGCUGGCGAAUUGGCAGAAGCGAGCGCUCCCACCGCCGCCUCGCAGGCAUUUAUCGGGGGUGGUACCGCUUGCCCGGCUCUGAUAAGCUAGCCGAAGAUAUCGGCCCACCACCCGUGUACAACAAGAAAAACCCACGCACACCCGAAUCUCCUCCUCCUUACACUGACGAGGAGAUUGCCAAACUCGAGGAAAACCCUGCAAUCCCCAUCCCAGCGACGUCCAUGCCUGAGCCGCCCUUGACCGGGAUCCGAGCAAGGCCGUCCAAACCGUGGACCAUCGACUUCGUUGUGUGGAUGUACAUUCUCAACACCGCCUUUCAAGUUUGCUUGUGCGUGUGGAUGUGGAAUUGGAAUCGAUUCAACCGGCCUGAAUGGGGUACUGGGCUUUUCAUUACACUGGGAUGUCUUGUCGCCAUUUUUGCCGGUGUACUUGUUUUCGUCGAGGGCUCCAAGGUCAAAAAGAUCGAGGGCAUUCCGAUCCAAGAAUACGAUGUGUUGGAGUCGGUGGAAGAUUACCAAGAGCGCAAGGCCAAGGAGGAUAAAAAGGGGGCCAAAAAGCAGGCACGGCAUGAACAUCACCACCAUUUCAGACAUGGUGGCUCCCACAAGGUCGUCCGGUCGGAGAAGUUGAAGGGCCACCAGUGGUUCACCCGGCAUUAG